UCAGCUCGCCUUAAUAAAUCUACUUUUCCCCCUUUUUUUAAAGAUAUGUUGUACUUGACUCCUGUCAGUGUGCAGUGCGUUAGCAGUGUCCUCCCUCAGACAGGAAGACAGAUAUCAGACCUGUCUCUCUCUCUCUCUCUCCCUCUCUCUGUCUGUCUAUUGCUCUCUCUCUCCCUCGCUCUGUCGUUUUGUCUCAGCUGCAGUACAAAUCCUGGCUUUCCUUCACAGCUCUAUUAGCCUGCUCUGCUCAACACAACUGCUCCACGCUCUGGGACACGCCGACUCCCACACACACACACACACACACACACACACAUUUAACAGUAUCAUCACACACACUCUAACACACACACACCUCUCCUGAAGCUUCAACAGAACCAGAGGAGGAGAAAAGAGGGUGGAAGAAAUUGGCCUCGUCCUGCAGCCGCCUUCAAACUGCUGGGAUGAGGUGGUGGCUGGUGGUAGCCAGUCUGUGGCUGCUGGUGGUCCUGACCAUCCCGGACGCCCAGGGCAAGUUCAGAGUGCGCAACCAGGACGGUGAGAUCCGCAGGGGGAAGAGGAAGAGGGACGGAGAAGGUCAUGGGCGGGCCAGGGCGGGGCGCUCUAGACCUCUGAAGAUCAGACUGGUCCCAGGUCCCAGUGUCCCAGUAGAGCCCAGAGAAAACCAGGGAAACACUCUGGUCUUGGACUCCUACAAGAACCUUCAAGAACAGCACUCCAGCUACAACGUCAUCCCAGGUAAGCAGGGCCAGUGCGUGUACCAGGGUCUGACUAUGUUCGACCAGGCUGUCUGGUCUCCAAAGCCCUGUGUGACUUGUCUGUGCACCAGAGGGCGGGUGGUUUGUGACGAGAUCACCUGUCCUAAAGUGCACUGCCACUUCCCCUUCACCCCCGCCGGGGAGUGCUGCCCUGUCUGCAUGGAGCCAGCUGCCCCGCACCACCCUAAACCCAUCCCAGACCCUGACCUCAGCCUUGACCUUUCUGGUGACUCUCCAGUUCCUAGCGACCCCAGCGAGCCUGUGACUCCGCUGACCCAGGAGGAGAUCCAGCGAAUCCUCUGGCGAGAGGAAGAGGAGCACCGCGAGGAGGAGGAGCGCCUAAGGAAGAAGGAUGAGGCAAGGAAGAAGAGGAGGAAGCAGAGGAAAGAGCAGGCGGAGAGACAGAGGAAGAUAGUGGAGGAGAAGAGGAGGCAGGAGGAGGAGGCUCUGAAGCUGCAAGUGGAGAAAGAAGAGGAGGAGUGGAGGAGGCAGAUGGAGGAGUUUAGGAGGCAGGAGGAGGAGAGGAGGAGACAGGAAGAGGAAGACAGGAAGCGGAAGGAGGCAGCAGAGAAAGAAGCAAGGGAGAGGGAAAGGAAGCUGGAGGAGGAAAGGAGGAGGCAGGAAGAGAUUCUGAGGCAAGAGCUACUGGCCCUGGCCGAGGAGGAGGAAGAGGAGCGGCAGGAGGAGGCAGAGGAGGAGGAGGUGUGGCUGAGAGGUGAUGUGUUUCAGAUGCUGCCAAAAGAACCUGAAGAACCUGAGGAACCAGACCUCCUUCCUGCUCCAAUCCCAAAUCCUCCCGCUGCGACAGAUGAUGAGCUGAAAGAGGUGGAGGAGGCAGAGGAGGUGGAGGAGGAAGGCGAGGAGGUGGUGGUAGGGAACAGAGGAGGUCUCCCUCCAGGUUGUGACAUUUCCGAUGUUACAGUGACAUGUGAGAACGCCAAACUCACCCACUUCCCUCCUCUCUCCAUCCCUGAGCUCAAAUCUCUCAGUCUGGAGGGCAACAACAUCAGCAGCAUCCCAGCAGAAGCCUUCAACGGCAUCCCCAACCUGGAAUGGAUCAACCUGAAGAAAAACAAACUCACCUCUGCUGGCAUCAAUGCUAAAGCCUUCAAAGGUCUGAAGAUGCUGAGACGCCUGUACCUGGACGGGAACCUUCUGGAGGCCGUGCCCUCCGACCUCCCCCCAACCCUGCAGGAGCUAAAGAUCAAUGAGAACAGAUUGAGAGGGAUCGACGAGAACAGCUUCCAAGAUCUGAGCGGCCUAGUGAUUCUGGAGCUGGAGGGAAAUCUGCUGAGUGAGGCGAAUGUCGAUCCCCUGGCCUUCGCUCCCCUCAUCCAGCUCUCCUACCUCAGACUGGGUAGAAACCACUUCCGCACCAUACCACAGGGCCUUCCAACAUCGCUGCUGGAGCUGUACUUGGAGAACAACCUGAUUGAGGAAAUCUCAGAGACAGUUUUCAAUCAGACAAGAAGUCUGAAUGUGGUUUCUCUGAGAUACAACAAACUGGAUGAGACCAGGAUCGCCCCAAUGGCCUGGAUCAACCACAGAAAUCUGGAGUCCAUUGACCUUUCACAUAAUGACCUCUACCUGGUUCCGUCCUACCUGCCCAGAUCUCUGGUCCAUCUAGUGCUGGUGGGAAACAACAUAGAGAGGAUACCUGGUUACGUCUUUGCCCACAUGGACCCCGGUUUAGAGUACCUCUACCUCUCCUACAACAAACUGGAUGGGGAGGGGAUUGAACCAGAGUCGUUUUUCGGCUCAUAUCACUCCAUGGUGGAACUGUGUCUGGAUCACAACCAGCUGGUCAGUGUGCCAUCUGGUAUCAACGAGAUGACCAACUUACACUUUCUCAGACUCAACAAUAACAAGAUCAGGAGCAUCCCUGAUGAAGGCAUCUGUGACCCGAACCACAGUGGAGACUCCACUCUGGUGGCAGUGAGGCUGGAGAACAACUACCUCGACCCCCAGAAGAUCUCUCCGUCAGCCUUCUCCUGCGUACGCUCCUCCUCAAGUGUGGUCUUGAAACCCCAGAAAAGUGACCGGAGUCCACACAAGACCAAAAACUAAAAGACAUUUGUUUGAACCCCACCAGAAACACGGGGGAUAAGAUUUUGGUUUUUAAUGUUGCAAGAGAAUCCAGAACCUAAGAUAACUAGCUUCCCCUGAUGCUGUAUGUUACUGAAAUAACACUCAAAAUAACACAAAAAUACUCUCACAAAGGUUCUCAUAUUAUAGUCUCACAGACAGGUUGAACAUGGAAAAUAUGCAUUUUAAAACACAGUGCUGAUGUAAUUUACCUUAUGGCAAUGGUCAUAUCCCUAGACUGAACCGUUACAAGCUACAUAAAAGUAAGAUUUGCUUCCUAAUACACUGUUUUAGGCCUGGUAAGUUGCUCUGCGGCGUCACCUGGCCCACCUUAAAUGAAUGAAGGUGACAGAACACGUUCAGACUUUCAAAAUCAAAGACAUCUGUCUCCUUCGGUAAAAUGUUCAACUCUCUAAAAUGGAAAGAAUCCCUACGCCAUACGCAGUAAAAUGAAAAUGCUAAUAAAGAAAUGGAAAGAAUUCUAUGAAGUGAGACCACAAGCCCAGCACAUUAUUUUUAACAACCUCAGCACCUUCAUGUUCCAUCUCUCAGCUCAGUUUCUUCCAGCGCCUUCUUUCAUAAAAACCCUGACAUGGAGAGGGAGUAUGAGUGGUGAAGUCACAUGUGUGAUACAUCCUGCAAGCUCUUAGUGUUAAAGAUUAAGAGGGGGUUAAUGGAUAAAGUUAAAGUGAGAGCUAAUCCCUGUGAUAGUUCGAGAUGGUCAAUGUCUUCUUUACAUUUUUGUUUGUACAUUUGUGCCCGAUGCAAGAAGUUAACAGGAGUCCUGCCACAUGCCGUAGGUUUUGUUUUAUAGUUCUGAAUCAGAUUGCAUGUAUUGUGCGUGAUCAGGCCAUAUUGUGCUUUAAUUAUAUUCCCCACAGUAACUGUUAGUUUGUUAAAUGGAGUCAAGACUGGAGCUGCAUCCAGGUGACGUCUAUUACUAAACAGGAGACUAUUCUGUGCAGUGGCUGUAUUUACGUGGUUUCAUUCGCUGUUGAGCACGGAUCGUGGUGGGCAGAGGGGUUUGCUUUAGAAUUGUUUCAUAGGGAUGAGUAUCCAUGUGGACUAUGUGGUCUGGGAGAACGUUCAAACAAAUGCCUUUGACCUUCAGUUCUCUCCAAGAACUCAGAAGAGUUGAGAUGUGGGAGGAACCACUGGUUCCACAGAUCUUUUCCCCCACACUGUAAAUUUCCACUUCAAAGUUUUCUUUUAACAAUCUCCUCAGAAACACAAGAGUCUCCCUGGAUAAUUUACCCAUAUGAUACUAUAUGUUUAUGCUCCAGCUAUCAACCUGUGUAACUGAACUGAAAUGUAUUAAUAAGUAAACAACAGCUUGGGCAGUGAAUAAAAGAGGGCUUCUGCACCUUGGAGGGGUAAAUCCUUGAUGGGGAAGAUGUAGAUUACAGCACUUACAGACUGUAACUUUGUUUUGAACAAUACUGGCUGGAUGUACAGAGAAAAACAAAUGUUUUAUUCCGAAUACAAGAAAUGUUUGAAUAAUAUGCCCUUACUCUUGGCUGGCCAACAAGUCUAAAUUAUAUGACAACCUAUAUAUACCACAGUUUUUAACAAUGUUAUGAUGCGCAAUAAACUUCAUUAUGUUCCCA